AUGAUGACGAUGAUGCCCGGUCUCGUGGCCCUGUACCCGAGUCUGGUACACCCCGCGCACGCGGUCUAUCCGCACCGCGCGCCGCCCGCUCUGCACGCGCACUCCGCACCAAGAGCGCGCGCCGGCUUCCUGGUGGAGGAUCUGCUGCGCAUCAGCUCUUCAUCCUCUCCCUCAUCCUCCUCUCCUCUCUCCUCCACCAUCACUCCAUCCGAGCCUCCCAUGGUUGGAUUUUCUUCUACAAAAACUCCAAGCAAAAACCCGACACACCUCAAAUUCGGCGUCAACGCCAUUCUGGCACACACACCCAAAAAAGUGUCGGUUCCUUGUCCUGUUCCUGAGGUCCACCCUAAAGCCCUGACUGUCCCGUAUUUCGAUGGACCAUUCUACCCUUUCCUCCGCACGGCUUACUUCCCUGGCUCGUCCUCGGUGGUCCCGGUUCCUGGGACGUUCUCGUGGCCGCUGGCCUCCAGAGGGAAGCCGAGGAGAGGGAUGCUGCGCAGGGCUGUGUUCUCUGAUGUGCAGAGGAAAGCUCUAGAGAAAAUGUUUCAGAAACAGAAGUACAUCAGCAAACCGGACCGGAAGAAACUUGCCACCAAACUGGGGCUUAAAGAUUCUCAGGUGAAGAUCUGGUUUCAGAACCGGAGGAUGAAGUGGAGGAACUCUAAGGAGCGCGAGCUGCUGUCGUCCGGAGGCUGCAGGGAACAGACGCUGCCCACGCGGACCAACCCUCAUCCUGACCUGAGCGAUGUGCGGGAUACACCGUUACACCCUGAGGAGGAGGACGAAGAGGAUGGAGUGAGGAGUGUACACACUACACACUCGUACCCUUCACCAAAGUCUGAGUGCUCACACCUUACCAUGUCCUCACCGUCGAGCAAACACUCGGACUCUUCUGACUCAGACGAUGAGAUCAUGGUUUCAUAACCUUUAUUAGAAAACACUGUGUGUGUCUGUGUGUGUGUCUGUCUUUCUGUCUUUGUGUGCAUGUGCUUGUGCGUUUGUCUGAGCGCAGAUGCGUGGUUUAACAUUCUUGCUGUGUUGUACAGCGGUUUUGGAACUGUACAGUAUUUUGUACAAAUAUUUUUGUAUGGAUAUUUUAUACCAAGAAAGUUGUGUUAUGUACACUUAUAUUUCACAUAGAUAUUUUUA